AUGUACAGAGAUAACGGGCUCAACACCUCCCUGGAGAAGAGCCACGUCACCGGCCCAGACAACUUCAUCACUGCCUAUGACCACCUCAACUUCCAUCCCAGCUACAACCCAAGCGGCCCGUCGCACUGUUAG